AUGUCGGUUUUUAACGCUUCUAGGCUUCAGAACAAAACAGUCCUUAUUACAGGUGCUUCCGGAGGAAUUGGCGAGGCAACCGCAAUACUAUUCGCAAAGGCUGGGUCCAACGUCAUUCUUGCUGCACGUCGAACCGAAGUCUUAGCCAAGGUUAAAGCUGCAUGUGAAACAGCUUACAAGGAAUCAGGGAUUCAAACCGGAGGAAAAUUUGCCGCGAUCAAGCUUGAUGUGAGCGAUAAGAAUGCGGUCGCAAAUCUCUGGAACGACGUGCCCCAAGAGUUACGGGACGUUGACAUCCUUGUCAAUAAUGCUGGGUUCGUACUUGGUGUGGAGAGAGUCGGAGACAUCAAUCCCAAUGACAUUGAGGCUAUGUUUGCAACGAAUGUCUUGGGUUUGAUCUCGGUCACCCAAGCACUCAUCAAAGAUUUCAAGGAGCGCAAGAAGGGACACUUUAUUAACAUUGGAUCUGUGGCCGGAAGGGAACCUUACGUUGGAGGUUCAAUCUAUUGCGCUACGAAGCAUGCCGUCAGUGCAUUUACUGGUUCGUUGAUGCGUGAACUUGUCGAUACUCCUAUUCGUGUGACUGAAAUUCAACCUGGAAUGGUUGAGACUGACUUCUCUGUCACUCGCUAUCGCGGAGACAAGACCGCAGCAGACAAAGUAUAUGCAGGAUUACAACCUUUGGUGGCUGAAGAUAUUGCCGAAGAGAUUGUUUGGGCAGCCGCACGACCACCACAUGUCAAUCUGGCCCAGGUAUAUGUGUUGCCUGUCAACCAGGCGAGUGCUACACUCAACUAUAGAGCUACUCAAUCAGAGGCCAUCAUUCGAAUCAAGGGACGAAGUAUAGCCUUCAGCGCCACACACGUGACCGUGAUUUUUUUGAAUACACUUCUAUUGCGGAGAACAGGAGCUACAUGCAAACAAGGCAAACCGCUCGUACACGUGACCGUGACCGUGCCUCUGCAUACUACACUUUCUCUCUACCACGUCAACAUGGGGAUAGACCUCCGGCUAGGGGAUUUUAUACCAGGACUACUUGUUCCUCCAGAGGCUAAUAUUCAUCUGACGAUUGGUAUCCAUUUUCUUCUUGCUGCACUUUAUACCCUCACAAUCACAUCUCAUCCACGAGCUUUUACUCUCGUCCGAAUCGUACUCGGUAUCCCUGCUGGGUAUAUAUUUUAUCUUUACGCGUUUUAUCCCUAUGAGACUCCUACUAGAGGAGUAGAUAUAGGGCUGGCCGUUGUUGGACUCUAUGGAAUUAUGCGAGUGAUUGACACGUGCAUAGUAGACCUUCUCGUCGGCGUUCAUACUCCGCCGAGGUGGGUUGUCGAUGGCAAAGUUCUACCGUUGCCAACAUCCUUUUUUGGGCGCUUGGGAUACUCCAUAGACUACUUGCUGUCAUUGCGCGGAACUAGCAUUUUUAAAAAUACGACUUGGGAUUGGAUUGUCCCGUCGACCAAACGUCGAAUGCCAUCCCCGAAAACCUCACGCCUAGUAUUCCUUGCAUCGGCGAGCUGGUCCUUAUUCAAGCAAUAUCUUAUUUAUGAUGCUUUAGAUACACUCAACAAAUCUCGGAUAUGGGAUAACCGGCUACCACAUCCUAUCACCGAUGGCGGCCUCAACAUAUUCGAGCAACUCACUUUUGCUUUCUCCGUCUGCGCGGGCACAGCUUUGAGCAUUUCUUUCCCAGCCACAAUGGUGGCUAUAUUCGCAGUUGCAUGCGGUGCUCCAGUCGAAGCAUGGCCACCCAUGUUUGAUGCACCGUUCUCAGCGGUGUCCUUAGCUGAUUUUUGGACCCGUCGUUGGCAUUCUCUGUUUCGUCGUGUAUUCGACCGACUUUCGCUCGGGAUCAUUCAUGGUCUCGAAAAGAUUCACGCACCUCUGCCUUCUCAUUUGCGCAAGACAUUACGCGCUAUUUUAAUUUUCGCUCUUUCUGCUACCCUGCACCUUUUUCUCAUGUAUCGCCUCCCGAUCUCCGAUACCCAUCAUCACCCGUCUUUCUUGGACCGUUCGACCUUGUUCUUUUUCCUCUCUCAACCCUUUGCACUUCUCGUGGAAAAAACCGUUAUUGAACCUCUAUCGGGAGGAAAUAUCUGGGUCACAAGAUGCUGGGCGUGGGGAUGGCUAUUGUGCUCUGGGAGGUGGUGGGCCGAUGUCUGGGUCCGCAGGGGUUUGUGGGAUCCCAAGGAAAAAGUGGUUGGAUACUCGGUAGCUAGGAGGCUGCUGAAGGGGACCUGGUCCCCUUAG